AUGACCGAUACUGCGCAGCCAGAAGCCGGCCCAUCCAGCCUGGGUGCUCUCCCACCCCUCUCGGACCUGGUCAAGCGUGGUGCCAAGCGCACUCGUCUAGUCUACGGGCCGUACAACCUCGACGACGGCCUCGAGCGCGCAGCGAAAGCCAAGCUCGCGACCAAGCUCGCAACAGAGUACCGGGACGUUCAGACACUUCCUGCAGUUCUGGCGGGUGCGGGCGCGGGGCCGAAGCAGCCCGCGCAACCCGCUAAUCCUGCCACUGCCGGGCCCGGCGUCAAGCUUAUUGCGGGCCCAGAAGCACCAGAAGCAUCGUCCGUGGAUGCUGGUGCGGGUGCUGCCGGUGGCCAGGGGGCACCUCGGUCCCUCGUCAAGUUCCGGCACCAGCAGGGCUUCGGUGCCGAGGGAGGCGCUGCGUCGUCCCGCCUCUCGCAGGCUCUCAUGCGCAAGAAGGAGGCGCGUGAGGUCAAGCCCGUGUACCAUCCGCAGUGGAAGUUGUCAAAGGUCAUCUCGGGACAUAUGGGAUGGGUGCGGGCGGUGGCAGUCGAUCCCGGGAACAAGUGGUUUGCGACGGGUGCCGGCGAUCGUGUUAUCAAGAUCUGGGACCUGGCCAGCGGCGAGCUCAAGCUCUCGCUCACAGGCCAUAUCUCGACGAUCCGCGGCCUCGCCGUGUCUGACCGGCACCCGUACCUGUUCUCAUGCGGCGAGGACAAGAUGGUCAAGUGCUGGGAUCUCGAGACGAACAAGGUCAUCCGGCACUACCACGGCCACUUUUCCGGCGUGUACACCCUCGACGUGCACCCGACGCUGGACAUUCUCGCGACGGGUGGUCGUGACGCAAGUGUUCGCGUGUGGGACAUGCGUUCGCGUGCAAACAUCUUCACGCUCACGGGGCACAAGUCCACAGUCGCAAGCUUAAAGUGUCAGGCGAGUGACCCGCAGAUCAUCUCGGGAUCGAUGGACAGCACUGUGCGGCUGUGGGACCUGGCCGCGGGGAAGAGCAUGACGACGCUCACGCACCACAAGAAGGCUGUGCGCGCCGUCACCCUCCACCCGUCUGAGUACUCGUUCGCAACCGGUUCGAGUGGGAGCAGCAACAUCAAAAAGUGGAAGUGUCCCGAGGGCUCGUUUGUGCACAACUUUACUGGACACGACGCGAUCAUCAACACGCUCGCUGUCAACGACGAGGGCGUGCUCUUCUCGGGCGGCGAUAACGGAACGCUCACAAUGUGGGACUAUGCGACGGGCCUUCCAUUCCAGCACCUCCAGGACAUUCCGCAGCCGGGUUCGCUGGAUGCCGAGGCGGGCGUCUUCUGCUCGGCAUUCGACCAGACGGGCACGCGUCUGAUCACGGGUGGCGCGGACAAGACCAUCAAGAUUUACAGCGAGCUGGCGUGA